AGGCAGGCGGACUGGGUGGCCGGGCGGGGCGGGGCCUUCCCAUGACCAGGCCGGAUCAGGCCGGGAUGUGGAGUGCGGCGGCGCUCGGGCGUGUGGUGACGGUUGGGGCGGCCCCCUUCCGCAGGAGGCUCCCGGAGUUCGUGACGAAACAGCAGCCGCUCCCCCGGCAGAGUGGGCGACGGUGUUCCGGUAACCCGAAGGAGAGCGGAAAGCCCGAGCGGAACGGAGCGGUGGCAGUGCGCAAAGGACGCCCAGCUUUCAAAUUACCAGGGCACAAGCCUUCAAAUUUUGAUAAAAAAUUUUUGAUAUGGACUGGUCGUUUCAGACGAGAGGAGGAUAUUCCAGCAUUGGUUUCAAUUGAGAUGAUCCAUGCUGCAAGGAACAAAAUGCGAGUGAAAGCCUGUUAUUUAAUGGUGGUCAUGACCAUUGUUGCUUGCAUUGGGAUGGUCAUAUCGGGAAAGAAUGCUGCAAGGAGACAUGAAUCACUUACAGCUAUAAAUAUGGCAAAGAAAGCCAAGUGGAGAGAGAAUAUGCAAGAAGAGGUGGUUACAAAAAGCCAGUGAUUGGAGUGUGGACUGAAAUCCAAAUAUGUCCCAAUCAACUUCAUAUUUGUGUAUGGAUACAUUGUAUAUUACUGGUACAGAAUAUUUUGCUGUUUAAAUGUAAGACUUCUGAGUACAGUAAUCAGUUUAUAAAAUAUUAAUAUUGCCAAAAUGGUUAGGUGUAAGAAAUGUUCAUGAAAUCUGAGUUGUGUACAGAAACUUUGUACAAAACUAUUGCUACCUUCCGUUCACUAACCUGUAUUUUCAGCUAUCUUUUUGAUAAAGAUUUAGAACCAUUUAAGAGUAAUAACUGCUUUGCUGAAGUUCUAUAUGAGAAACACUUAUAAAAUGAAAAUUUCACAGCUUGUGCUUUCCAAAGUAUUUCUCCCAUGUUUCAUCUUUAACAGUUAUCUAAUUAAACUACAUAUUGUAUAAACUGUACAGAAUCCUAAAAAAAAGAAUUUUUCUUGUAACUAAAUUCUUGUUUUACUCAAACUUAAGAGUUGAUUAUUUAGCACCAACUUAUUAGAUCUGCAUUAUACAUUGAGAAAAGUAAACAUACUUGCAAAAGCUAUGGAUCUUUUGCAUCAGAACUACUGAAUAUCACUAUACACUAUUUUGUUAAUUUGCUUCACUAAUCCCUUUGCCAAUGUACUGUAGCUAUCUUCUAUUUCAAAAUAUUCAUAAAAACUAGCAGUGCUACACAGUCCCAAAUGCAAAACAAAUUCUUUAAUAAAACCUUUGCUGAUGUUCUUAAAA